ACACUGGAGGCGGUAACUUCUGGAAGUGGUUAUUCGCGCUGUUGCUUACUCUGAAAAGUAUUCUCCAGUACAACUGCAACUUCAAAAUGUCUUUCUUAAAAGUGGACGAGAGCUCUGACUUUUCUUAUCAUAACUUGCCUUACGGAGUUUUUUCCACACCAGAUAAUCCCAGGAAAAGAAUCGGUGUUGCCAUUGGAGACCAAAUUUUGGACCUUAGUGUUAUAAAGCAUCUUUUCAAAGGACCGGCUCUUGGGCCCCACCAGGAUGUUUUUGAACAGCCGACACUCAAUGCUUUUAUGGCUCUGGGUUAUGAUGCUUGGAGAGAAGCAAGAAAGUGUCUCCAGAUGCUUCUCGCUGCCAACGAGUCCACCCUGCGUGAUGACGUCAAGUUAAGAAGCAGGGCAGUUGUUAAUCAGAGUUCUGCAGUGAUGCAUCUCCCAGCAGAGAUUGGUGACUACACAGACUUUUACUCAUCGAAAGAUCAUGCCACCAACGUUGGCAUAAUGUUCCGUGGAAAAGAGAAUGCUUUGAUGCCUAACUGGCUGAGGUUACCAGUGGGGUAUCAUGGGAGAGCUUCCUCCGUGGUAGCUUCUGGAACACCAAUCAGAAGACCUCAAGGACAGAUGAGACCAGACCCAGCUCAGCCACCUGUCUUCGGGCCAAGCAAGCAGUUGGACAUAGAGCUAGAGAUGGCAUUCUUUGUGGGAAAAGGGAACGUGUUGGGAGAGCCCAUCCCAGUGGAGAAAGCUCAUGAGCAUAUCUUCGGCAUGGUGCUUAUGAACGACUGGAGUGCUCGAGAUAUCCAGGCUUGGGAAUAUGUUCCAUUAGGUCCAUUUCUUGGCAAGAAUUUUGGAACCACCAUCUCACCUUGGGUCGUUCCCAUGGAAGCACUGAUGCCUUUUGUUGAGCCAAAUCCAAUCCAGGACCCUGUACCUCUUCCAUACUUACAUCAUGAUGACCCUUACAUAUUCAACAUCAACCUCUUCGUCACAGUGAAAGGUGAGGGAAUGCAAGAGGCAGCCAACAUUUGCAAGUCCAAUUUUAAGUACAUGUACUGGACCAUGAAACAGCAACUGGCACACCAUACGGUCAAUGGCUGCAACAUUAGACCGGGCGACCUGCUGGCAUCAGGCACCAUCAGUGGACCGGAUCCAGAGAGUUUUGGCUCUAUGCUGGAGCUCUCAUGGAGAGGAUCCAAGACUAUUGACCUUGGCAACGGAGAGACAAGGACUUUCUUGAAGGAUGGGGAUGAGGUCAUCCUCACAGGUUAUUGCGCGGGUAGGGGAUAUAGAGUGGGCUUCGGUCAGUGUGUAGGGAAGAUCAUUCCUGCACUGCAUCAGUGACGUACCUCUCUUCCCCUACAGUUUCAGACUUGUAUUCACAACACUUUAAUGGAGACCACAGGAUCUUGAAGACAUAUAAAGUCAAACUAUGUUGUUUAAACAUUGGCACAAUAGUUCUUCAAAUAUUCCUUUUAAAGGUGAAGUCUAAUUUGUGCAACAUAAGCAGCACCAAAGAUAAUUGCACAAAUAAUGAAAAUAAUGUUUUCAAACAUACAGAAGUCAUCAAAGGCUAUCUAUUAUAUACAGUUUUUAUACUGCAUUGUUUUCUUGAGGCAACUCAAGAACUCACUUGUUUUUUGAUAUUGCAAAAUUUAUAUUGAAAUCUCAAAAAACAAGUCUCCAAAAUUAUAAUACAAGGCAUUUAUGGGCUUCUAUGUGUUUGAAAAAAUUAUUAAUGCUAGUCCACUUGUCAUUACAGAAAUGACACACCUCAUCGUAAAGUGUUUGAGCUGGUUUAGUACCCGUCGCUGUUACCGAAGAAUAUCACAAUAAAGUUACUGAUUCCUUAUAAACUGUCUUAUGUCA